AUGGAAGAGUCUCUUGUGCCGUUAGGUUUUCGUUUCAGCCCCUCCGAUGAAGAGAUUGUGGAUUCCUUUCUCUACCCGUUUUUGGUAGAGAGCAAGCCCUUCAUGUCGCUAUACAACAAUUUCAUCCAUUCCUGCAAUCUCUUCGGCAACAACACAGAGCCUUCCGAGAUUUGGAAAAAAUACGGAGGGCCGCAACUCGUUGAUACAGACUUGUACUUCAUCUCCAAGCUCAACAAGUUAACCCCCAAGCGGAUGGAUCGAAGGAUUGGCAACGGGGGUACUUGGAGCGAAACUGAAUCCUCCAAAUUGGUUCAUGAAAAGGUCUCUGGAAAUCCCAACCCAAACCCCAUUGGCCGAAAGAGAAAGUUUCGCUACGAGAAUAAAGGUUCCGAGGAUCACACAGGGUGGCUACUAGAUGAAUAUAGUCUUUUCGAUGGUCCCAAGAAUGACUACAAUCAACGUAGUUACGAUUUUGAUUUCGUCAUUUGUCGGAUGAGGAAGAACGAUAGGGUUGGGAUCAAGGCAACAAAUCUAAAGCGUGGAUCACAAGAUACAGAAGAAAAGAAGAUGAACACAAACAAAAAGAUGAAAAAAGAUGAUCAAAUGGGAUCAACAGAAUCAUCAUCUCAACAAGGCUGCUCUUCUAGUCCAAUUGGUGGUGAUCUUGUGGAAUUUGAUCCGAUUGAUCUGACAAUCUUUGAGGAAAAUACGAUGGCCGACAUGGAACAACUACUUGGUGAAGCUUGGAGCCCAAGUAAUUUUGAGGAUGCAGUCUCUUAUGAUGUUGAUCCGAUUGGUGAAACCCAAAUUAACUUUGAGAAUGAGGAAAAUACGAUGGCCAACAUGGAACAACUACUUGGUGAAGCUUGGAGCCCAAGUAACUUUGAGAAUGUGGUCUCUCAUGAUGUUGAUCCGAUUGGUGAAACCCAAAGUAGCCAAUUGUCUAACUG